AUGACGACUCCCCUCGCCGACCUUCCACAGCCACCCCGACAUGGCCCAUUACCACAACAACGACACCACAAUGACACGUCAUCAAUCGACAAGCACCCACCAGAUCGACGCGAGGCGACGACGAUGAGGUGGCACAGAGUGGCCCUCGCCGCCGGAUCCUCCCAAGCCGCAGACGAGCACCUCACGAAGAACCUCCACAAGUUCACCUCUGUGCAUACGUCUUUGGACUGGGCUGGCUUCCAGGCUCUGCAACUCAAGCGCGUCCCAGCCAAUGUUAGGCGGAACGCGUUGCUCAUCAACUUGAAUUGCCAUAACCACGUCGAGUCCUAUCGUCGCUUCUUCUUGACUCACAUCCUACCGACGACGUACAUCCGUGACCUACCCAUCAUUGCCGACAUCCAGCGAUGCGAGGAACGAUGCAGAUAUAGCGGGGGCAUCGCUCGUCAUCAUCAUCCGAUGCGGAGGUGUCUCCCAGGUCAUGCCCGUCAAGGUUGA